AUGGCGGCGGCGAUCUGCUUCGUGCGCCACGGCCAGAGCGAGUGGAACGCCGACAACCUCUUCACGGGCUGGGCCGACCCGCCCCUGACGACGCUGGGCAAGAACGAGGCGGCGGCGGGCGCGACCUACAUGUGGAAGGAGGAGUUGAACUUCGACGUGGCCUACACGUCGGAGCUCACGCGCGCGCAGCAGACGCUCGACAUCGUCCUCAAGCUCAUCGACCAGGAGGACAUCACGGUGCACAAGUCCUGGCGCCUCAACGAGCGCAUGUACGGCGCGCUCCAGGGCCUCAACAAGAAGGAGACGGUGCUCAAGUACGGCGACGACCAGGUCAAGGAGUGGCGCCGGUCCUACUCGACGCCGCCGCCGCCGGUCGACCUCGACAGCGAGUACUGGCCGGGCAACAUCAACCGCUACGCCCACGUGCCCGCGGCCGACAUCCCGCUGUCCGAGUGCCUCAAGGACACGGUGGAGCGCACGCUGCCCUACUGGGACGCGGCCGUCGUGCCCGCGCUCGAGCGGGGCAAGACCGUGCUCAUCGCCGCGCACGGCAACUCCAUCCGGGGCAUGCUCAAGAUGCUCGACGCCAUCCCCGACGAGGACAUCGUGGGCCUCGAGAUCCCGACGGGCGUGCCCCUGCUCUACCACCUCGACGCGGACCAGAAGCCGCUGAAGGAUCCGCGGUCCUUCGGGCUGCUCUCGGGCGCGUUCCUCGGCGACCCGGAGGAGAUCAAGGCGGCCCAGGCCAAGGUCGCCGCCCAGACCAAGGUCCACACGGACGAGUCGCCCGCCGAGGUCGAGGAGCGCAUCCUCGCCUACGCCCAGGGCAAGGAGAACUAG